AUGGAUACUGUACCAGAGACCGACGACAUGGUCCAUACGUUCUGUAUUGGCCAACAUGAGAGCAAUCGUUUGAUGCCUGUGACUCCUCAGGUGGUACAGGCUGCCCAUGCGAGCAAUUAUGAUAUGCUUACAAGCCCGAUAACAACGCCUCAUUUCCACUCCCGAGUGCUGACCUUGCUCUCGUCUCAUUUGUCCAACUCGGAGCCGCCGUCUUACGAUGCAAGCGGGACUCUGUCGACGUCCCAAAACAACAAGGUUCUGACGGUUCCUCCGCUGUCGUCGGUGGAUACGCCGUUGACACCACAUGAAGCAAUUAGCCAAGUAGUUGGGGUUACCAGUUCCUGGAUAGACCUGUGCUCGCCUGAUCCUUUAAUUGCCGACAUUUCCCGCCAGGUUUUGAUGCUUGAGGUCGCAUAUGCCGCGUUCUGUGGCAUCAGCUAUCUCAUCAUCCCAGGGCCCAAACUCCAUCAUGGCGCUUUACAUUCUGAGGGCUUGGUGUAUUACGCUAGAGCUAUCCAGGAGGCACUCAACGUUGCCCCAUAUAUGCAGAUUCACAUCUGGAUGAGGAUGGUCGAUAAUCCAGACCUGGAGACGGACGAAAUGGGUGAUCUUGCACCAUUUGCUAGGGAAGAGUAUCUCGCGGAUGCGGAUGAUCGCUCUGCAAAGAUCGAUCUAUUUGGGACGUGGGAUGCGUGGGAAGUCAUCAGGACAGUUUGUAAAUACCACACGAGGCUUUUCAUAGGUGAGAAAAGGCUUUUAUUUUCGGUCCUUGCUAUGUUAUUUCUCCAGCUUUCGCUAAUGCGUCUUCUUUCAGCGCUGUCACUCCCCAAACAUCUACCACCCAUACAGGUUCAAUCGCGAUGGUUCUCUGAGCCCGUCCACCUACUCACCAUUGAUGCUACUUCAUUCAUCAAGAACCAGAAGGGCUAUCCUGUGUUGUCCAAGGCCCAUCAGGCCUUGAUCGCGAGAUUUAUGCGUCUGCGUACACCACCAUGGUUCCUGUUGUGUAAUGUCGGCCCCAUUCCGGGUCUGGAGGGCAACGACAAUGAGACGAUUACCAACGGUUCUCCGGCAGGCAACUCGAAUUUUCCAACUCCGGCACAAGCUGCCUCCCAAGGAAAGAAACAUCAUGACCCGACCCCCCACCUGUCUUACAUGAGAAAUCUCCAGCAGAGACAACCUCCACGGACUCCCAUGGAGCGCUUUGGUACCGGGUACCAGGACUAUCUACAAGCACCGCUGCAGCCACUGACCGUGAAUUUGGAGAGCAUCACCUAUGAAGUGUUUGAGAAAGACCCAAUCAAAUAUGAAUGGUACGAGCGAGCCAUUGCCAAGGCCCUGAAGGACUGGAAGGAACAGGAGAAGCCGGCUUCCGGGCCAGAUGGUCGAGUCGUGGUCGCGGUUGUUGGCGCGGGGAGAGGCCCUCUGGUGACUCGAGCCCUUCAAGCGAGUGCAGAAACGGGUGUUGACAUUGAGAUGUGGGCUGUCGAGAAAAACCCCAACGCGUUUGUGCUUCUCCAGCGUCGGAAUGAAACUGUCUGGGGCGGGAGUGUCAACUUGGUCAAGUCCGAUAUGCGCAGUUGGAAGGGUCCCUGCAGGGAGACGAGAUCCACAGAGACUCAGGGUCCUGACAACUCUUCGCAGACCAGUCCCGAGAUCAAGUACAUGCCCAUCGACAUUCUUGUCUCUGAAUUGCUGGGUUCGUUUGGAGACAAUGAGCUGUCUCCAGAAUGUCUCGACGGUGUUACUCACCUCCUUAAUCCGGGCCAUGGCAUCUCCAUUCCAGCUUCCUACUCGGCUCAUCUUACCCCCAUUUCCGCACCCAAGCUGCACGCAGACAUAUCGACGCAGAAGGUUUCAAACCCUGCUGCUCCUGAGACGCCGUACGUGGUGAUGUUGCAUGCAAUCGACUAUCUCUCCACGAGCCAACCGCCAGCCUCUGUCGCCAGCCCUCCUUCUCAGAUGAGCAGUAGUGGUGGAAGCAAUGGAGGGGGUGCACGAUCCUCGACCUCGACGCCACCGCCCAUCUUCGAGCCACCAACCCCGAUUGUGCAAACCGCAUGGUCGUUCUCCCACCCGAAUCCUAACAUCCCUGAGUCAGGAGCAGCGUCGACCAUCCCCAACGACCACAAUGUUCGCCAGGCCCGGCUGACAUUCCCGUGUCAAAAUCGUGGUGUCUGCCAUGGUUUAGCUGGCUACUUCGAGACAGUCCUCUACGGCGACGUGGAGCUGUCUACGAAUCCGGUCACGAUGGAUGCCAAAAGCGCAGGGAUGAUCAGCUGGUUCCCGAUCUACUUCCCGCUCAAGACCCCUCUCUAUGUCCCUGACAACAGUGAACUCGUCGUCACCAUGUACCGCAAAACAGACAACCGUAAAGUCUGGUACGAGUGGAUGGUCGAGGUGUUCAAGCUCGAACCACGGGCGGGACAGUCGAGCGGACAUCAUCAUAGUCAGAGUCAAGGUCAAAACAGUCGCGACAGUACUCCCAUGAUGAGUGGCGCCAGAAUUGCCUCUCCUGGUGGCCCCGGCAGUAGUAGUAAAGGCACGGAUCCCACACAGCGGAAAGCAAGCAACAGCGGAUGGCGCCGUGUAAGAGUCGGAAUGAGCGAAUUGCACUCGAGCAUCAAGGACGGAUGUCUGAUGUGA